UUUAGAUAAAACCAAAUAAACUUAUGCUCGAUGAAAUCUGGAAAAAUCAUGAAAUCAAUGUAAACUUGCAGCACAAUACAGCAAAAGUACUUAAAUAGAGAAUCCUAUCUUUGCCGCAAAAUAUACUCUUAUUAAUAGACAUAUGAACUUUCUGAUCGUUCGUUCAAGAAAAUACACAUUUUUUUCAGUUCUUUCUUGUUUAUAUGUUAUAAGUUUGUAUUAGAGAUAAUGGAUAUGGAGAUAUCAUACUACAGAGUCUACAGACACAGACAGUGUGGAUAUAAUCAUUGUAUGCCGUUAAUGGACGGAAAAGGUUACUUAAAGUAUUACAUAUUAGUAACGAUAGAGAUAUUUCGUAAGAAAUAAAAUGUCAGCAGGCCGUGGUGCAUUAAUAGUUUUUGAAGGAUGUGAUAGAGCAGGAAAAUCAACUCAAGCAAAAAUGUUAAUCGAGGCUUUGACUACAUUAAAGCUUCCGGCGGAGUUACGAGUAUUCCCUGAUAGGACGACAACCAUUGGACAAUUAAUAAAUAAGUUUUUAAGCACAAAUUUGGAUUUUUCUCCUGAAACUGUGCAUUUGUUGUUCUCAGCAAAUAGAUGGGAAUGCAAGAAUGAAAUUUUGAAUAGCUUAUGUAAUGGAACUACUGUCGUUGUCGACAGGUAAAUGGAAAAGAAUAUUUUGAAAUUAAUGUUUCAAGAGAGAUAUAAUGCAGCCACAACUAAUAGGUCUCUAAGUUGGUGUAAAGAACCUGACAGAGGAUUACCUUCUCCAGAUUUAGUAAUUUUCCUUAAAGUUUCCAAAGAACUUCAAAGUUCACGUAGUAAUUGGGGUGAUGAACGUUUUGAAAAUACCAAUCUUCAACAACAAGUUGCUGAGAAUUAUGAAAAAUUAGUUGAUAAAACAUGGAAUGUCAUUAAUGCCAAUGAUGAUAAAAAAUUGAUACAUUCUAAAAUAUUACAACAAGUAUUAAAUAUUAUACAUGCUGUU